CUGAUUGGCUGGAGCGGCCGAGGGAGGAAAAUGGCUGCGAAUUCUUCGGUAGUCUCGGUGGCAGCGGCCGCCACGGCCGUGCCAGGCGUGUCCACUAUCGCGGAUUUCUCAGACUUGCGGGAAAUUAAAAAGCAGCUGCUGCUCAUCGCGGGCCUCACUCGGGAGCGGGGCCUGCUGCACAGCAGCAAAUGGUCUGCGGAGUUGGCCUUCUCUCUGCCGGCCUUGCCUUUGUCCGAGCUGCAGCCGCCGCCGCCUCUUACAGAGGAGGACGCGCAGGAUGUGGACGCUUACACCCUGGCCAAGGCCUACUUUGAUGUUAAAGAGUAUGACCGGGCAGCGCAUUUCCUUCAUGGCUGCAAUAGCAAGAAAGCCUAUUUCCUGUACAUGUAUUCCCGAUACCUGUCUGGAGAAAAGAAGAAGGAUGACGAAACAGUUGACAGCCUAGGACCCCUAGAGAAAGGACAAGUCAAGAACGAGGCUCUCAGAGAACUGAGGGUGGAACUCAGCAGGAAGCACCAAGCCCGGGGGCUUGAUGGGUUCGGCCUCUACCUGUAUGGGGUGGUGCUUCGGAAACUGGAUUUAGUGAAAGAGGCCAUUGAUGUAUUCGUGGAGGCUACUCAUGUUUUGCCUUUGCACUGGGGAGCCUGGUUGGAGCUGUGUAACCUGAUCACAGACAAAGAGAUGCUGAAGUUCCUGUCUUUGCCCGACACCUGGAUGAAAGAGUUCUUCUUGGCUCAUAUAUACACAGAACUGCAGCUGAUAGAGGAGGCCCUGCAGAAGUAUCAGCGUCUCAUCGAUGUGGGCUUUGCCAAGAGCUCGUACAUUGUUUCCCAGAUUGCAGUUGCCUAUCACAAUAUCAGAGAUAUCGACAAAGCCCUUUCCAUCUUCAAUGAGCUGAGGAAACAGGACCCUUACCGGAUUGAAAACAUGGACACGUUCUCCAAUCUCCUCUAUGUCAGGAGCAUGAAGUCUGAGUUGAGUUACCUGGCGCACAACCUCUGUGAAAUCGAUAAAUACCGAGUAGAAACGUGCUGUGUAAUUGGCAAUUAUUACAGCUUACGCUCACAGCAUGAGAAAGCAGCUUUGUAUUUCCAGAGAGCCCUGAAGUUGAAUCCUAGGUACCUUGGGGCCUGGACACUGAUGGGGCACGAGUACAUGGAAAUGAAAAACACAUCUGCUGCUAUCCAGGCUUACCGACAUGCCAUUGAGGUCAACAAGAGAGACUACAGAGCUUGGUAUGGCCUUGGGCAGACCUACGAAAUCCUUAAAAUGCCAUUUUAUUGCCUUUAUUAUUAUAGACGGGCCCACCAGCUUCGUCCCAAUGAUUCUCGUAUGCUGGUUGCCUUAGGAGAAUGUUAUGAGAAACUCAAUCAACUAGUGGAAGCCAAAAAGUGUUACUGGAGAGCAUAUGCUGUGGGAGAUGUGGAGAAAAUGGCUCUGGUGAAGCUGGCCAAACUUCAUGAACAGUUGACUGAAUCAGAGCAGGCUGCCCAGUGUUACAUCAAAUACAUCCAAGACAUCUAUUCCUGUGGGGAAACCGUGGAGCACUUAGAGGAGAGCACGGCCUUCCGCUACCUGGCCCAGUACUAUUUUAAGUGCAAGCUGUGGGACGAAGCUUCAACUUGUGCCCAAAAAUGUUGCGCAUUCAAUGACACCCGGGAAGAAGGUAAGGCCUUGCUCCGCCAGAUCCUACAGCUGAGGAACCAAGGGGACACACCCACCUCUGACACGCCUGGUACCUUUUUCCUCCCAGCCUCACUGUCUGCAAACAACACUCCCACACGCAGAGUUUCUCCACUCAACCUGUCUUCGGUAACACCGUAGUCGACUACUCUCACGUCAGCACAUUGCUAGACCAAUAUUAAACCUUACCUCCAGUAAAGAACAGCCAGCCACGGCUGUUCUCCCAAGGACCUAAGCGCUUCUCAUUUCUAUAGACAGAAACAGCCUGAGGGACAGCUCAUGGAGCCACCUUCAGAGGCAGGCAGAAAUAAGGUGGGGACAGAUGCUGUCUUCUGCCAGCCAACAAUCCCUUCUAUUUAGAAUGGCAGGCAGGUCUUGGCCUUCCUAGCCUCUCCACUCCCUCUCAAGGAAUCCCUUUCACAACACUUUACUAGAAGUGAUGCCACAGAAGCAAGGAUCCAGUGCUGCUGAGUGGGGUAGGCAAGGCAUGGAGCGAAGGUUACCGUGCUGCUUGUCCUUUGUAAGCAGGGAGGUCAGCUUUGAACAAUGGCUUUUUUUAAGGUCAGCGUCUCUGUAGCCUAGCCUGCGACCUUUCUGCCUCAGCAUCCCUAAUGAUAGCACUACAGGUGUACGCCAUGAGGCCUGGCUAGAAUGACACUUAUUUUACUGAGGGAAUACUCUGCUCUGAUGUCAGAGAUUAGGUUUAAAUAGAGUGGCACUAUCCAUAUGCUCUUGUGUUUUCAAAAGAAACCUUCUGAAACCUUCCAGGUGAGAGUCAGUGAGCAUGAGCUGUGGCUCAGAGAGGCCGGAGGGCCAGCGUUACCUAGACACACCUGAUGAGACCACACAGGAGACAGCUUCGUGGACGGUUUUAGAAGGAGCUUUUUUACUUCAGAUAUUAAAGUUUAUGCAGGUAUCUUUUUAGUAAAUGCUUGAUGUAAUUUUUUUUAAAAUCUCCAACUUGGUUUUCAACCUUAUCUACAAGGUUGAAGGAAUCUUCUUUUUCUAGGUCUGAGCUAUCCUUGAUGUCUGCUACAGUAAGAUUGUGCAGUAGGUGCUAUAGAUGGUUCUGUGUUUAGGAUCUAGCCUUCCUUCUAUUAUAGGCAGAACAUCUUAAUCCCCUUUUAAUGGAAGGAACAUUAACUGGGUGCGGUGCAGUGUUCAAUCCCUGCAUUUGGAGACAGGCAGGUCGAUGUGUUGAGACAGAGCUACCCAAGCCCUUUGGGUAUCUGUUACCCUUGUACUCACUUCCUAGUGUGUUAGGAGGCUUCCAUUGCUGCUCCUGCCCAAGGGUCUAACAGGCGACAUGGUAUUUAUAUAAUUUUCUGUCCCCCUUUUUAUAUUUUUCUAAAAUUUGGAAUCCAAAUAAAAGCAUAAACAGUG